CGAUGACUCCAAAAGAGAAGAGCUCUUGGCAGAUGCAGACAAUGAUGUCAAUGAUAUGCCAGAACUCACUGUCAGAUUCCAAGGAGAUGAUGACUAUGAAUCAGACGACGAUUCAGGUGAUGAAGGCGAUGAAGAGGAAGAACCUAUUGUUGCCGAUUUGGAUCACCACCAAGAAAAUGUCGAUAGAGGAACCGUUGAUAUUGGGAGCCUCGUUACUGAUCUGGAGGACCUACAAGAGCCGCCAGAAGAAGAGAUUGUAUUGAAGAGCCUCAAGUAG